GGAUUCCUGCGUUUGAACUAGUCAAUCAUCGUCUACGUCGCGUACGAUGUUUUCCGCUCUUUAAAUGUUGUUUAACGUGUGUGAACUAUAGUGAAAAAUAAAAGUAUCACCAGCGACUUCGGAACUUUCCAUAAAAUGAAGACUGUGACUGGGCUGUAAAUCAAGUUUCUCUUCCUGAUAACCUCUGGGGUCUUACCAUUCUCUUAAAUUUAAAUAAAAAACACAAACAAGAUGUGCGAUUGGCUGUCUUCAGGAGACUGGUGCGACGUGCAGCUGUUCUGUGGCGGUCGCUCCUUCAAUGCUCACCGAGCCGUGCUGGCCAGUGCUAGCAGCUUCCUAAAAAGGAUACUACUCUCGGCUUCAGUGGAAGAAACCCCAACGUGUAUAUUCUUGCCAGAUUUUGAUCUCGAAACUUUCUCAUCGGUGCUUUUCUAUAUUUACAACGGCGAGGUUGCCAUACAGAAACACAAAUUGCAAAGCUUCAUAGAUGUUGUGAAAGCUCUAGAUAUUUUUGUUGAUCUGCAAUGUCUGCAUAGACGUAAUUCCAUAGAUAACAAUAAAAUAUAUGGUAACAAAUAUUUGUUAGAAAAUACGAAUAGUCAUAAAACCAGCAGCGUAUUCUCAUUAGAUUCUGGUAAUAACAGUGACCAGUAUAUUAACAUAAAGAAAGGAGAACAUAAUCAGGAUGUGCACACCCAGAGUUGGCAAGAUGAGUCAGACUUUCAUGAUAACCAGGCGCGAUUGAAGAAUUGGAUCAACCCAGUACUGCGGCCUUCUUCGCAAAUUCUACCAACAUUUCACUUUGAUCGACAAAAAAACUUUUUUCCUCGUGAUUUAUGUCUCGAGACGUGUCCUCGUAACGGUAAUACUAACGGUUACUCGGCCGGUGUGCAUGCAAUAUCAAAUGAAUCCUAUCGUGCUCCCGCAUCUGUUCUGUUGACGAAUGCAAAUGGUAAGCCUCCCAGGGAAGAUGAUGCACUCUCAGAUGUUACCAGAAAAACAACAGGCCAUAACUCUUACAUUGGUUAUAAGGAGAAUUUAUUUCCCGAUUACAAUAACCCUAAUGAAAAUUACUCAAAGAAUGGCGAUUCACUAAGCAGUGUAUUUAGCGAAGAAGAAGUAAAAGACAGUUGGAAUAAUUUGUCAUCAUUUAAUGCACCAACACCUUCGCCACAAUUAAGUAUGGGCGAGCAAUUUCUACCUGAAGUACCUUUGCCAGUAAAUAAUCAAGUGAUUGCAGAUCCUUUGCAUACUGCGUCAACUAUGACUGGCAAAAAACCUGGACUUUAUCCUUUAGUAGAAAACACAAAUACUCAACAUCCUCUUUAUGAAAAUACAUGUCUAGAAGCUAAUCAACAACUGACAAGAGCGUCAAUAUACAACCAAGUAUUAGAAAAUCCGUGGUGUUCCAGACUGACUUUCAACUAUAGGCCGACCUUUAAGAAAAUGCCGUCUGUUAUAGACGACAAAGAGAUAGAAGUAGAGCUUGUCAAUGACAACAAUAACAACUCUCAGCAACAGGAGCUGUCAUCAACAGAGGAGUUACCUGAAAAAGUAUUAAUAGCAGCGGAGGAAGCUCCAGUGAAAGUAUUCACGAGUAAUCAAGACUUCAAAUGUAUCAUAUGUAGUCAAGUAUUCCCAGACAGCGAGGGUCUGAAGGAGCACGCGCGCCAGCACUCUGCCGGGCGCCACACGUGCCCCGAGUGCGGGAAGACCUUCUCCCAGCUGCGGAACUUCAAGUACCACAUGUCCGUGCACCGAGGCACGAGGGAGUUCGCGGCCACGUGCACUGUCUGCGGCAAGUACUUCAACGAUAGGGGGUACCUCAGCAGCCAUAUGAAGAUUCACAGAAAUCGCAAAGAAUAUAAAUGUUCUAUGUGUCCGAAGUCAUUCAACCAGCGUGUAGCAUACAAUAUGCAUGUCCGGAUUCACACAGGUGUGAAACCUCACGUCUGCUCGGAAUGCGGCAAGGCGUUCUCCCGCAAGAUGCUGCUGAAGCAGCACCAGCGCACGCACUCCGGCGAGCGGCCCUACGCGUGCCCGCACUGCGACAAGCGGUUUGCGGACCGCUCCAACAUGACGCUGCAUCUGCGCCUGCACUCGGGAGUGAAGCCGUUCUCCUGCUCGCUGUGUCCGAAGUCAUUCACCAAGAAGCACCAUCUGAAGUCUCAUCUAAACUUCCACACCGGAGCGAAGCCUUACUCGUGUCCGCGCUGCAAACUAGCCUUCACUCAGUCCUCCAACAUGAGAACACAUUACAAGAAAUGUAACGCCACCGAACCUGUCGCAGACACCAGUUCUUCAUAGUGCUAUUCCGCAUAGCUGCUUAAUGAGACUUCUAUUAAAGAGAAAACGUCUUCGACUUUGCUUGGAAGAAACACGGGUUCAAAGUCAGUAACCUGUCUAUGAUAACAACAUGAAAAUGUAUUGCCAAAAAUAUAACGCAUCAGUCUCGUGCAGAUGCUGUUUGUCCUACACGUUUAUCUAUUAGAACAAAUAAAAAACUUUUUAAAGUGACAAGUGGGAACUAUUGUGAAAUAUUUUGUUGACGACGUAUUUAUCAUUUUUAUUUUUUAUUAAACUGGCUGUGCGUACGGUACCUACUGAGAAGACAACGUAUAAAUUCCUAAUCAGAUCUUAUGUCACUUUUAUACGGAAUUCGUUUAAUGACUAGGAGAUUUUGAAAGAAAGUGUAUAGAAAAUGUAUUUUCGAAAAAUAUUUACGCUUAUGUCUUCUUGUUACAUUACAACUAAUGUCAACCUGUGCAUUUCUGAGGAAGUUUUGGCUGUAUUUCUAUAUUUUGAUGACAUUCUGACGGUUUUACUGCCCUUUUGAAUCAGAAAAAUAUGCAUGGUUAAUAUUAGGCAUAUAAGGCGGGGAAAGGAUUGCUGUCAAUUAAAACCACGAUUUCAUAGUUUUGUCCUGUUUUAAUGGAUUUGGUGUUGUAAAAUAAUUUUACGAUCAAGGUGUACAAAAUUACAGGCGUCUUCCAGUACAAGUAGAAGUUCUGGCUCUUUAAGUUUACAAUACUCAUACAGUGUAUGCGAGUCCUUUAUCAUAUAAAUAUUGUAGCUGAAUUAUGUAUCAAUACGUAGUGAUAUACUCAUUACUUUGCUGUACCAUAGAUAGGUAUUUUACUUAUAAAUAUGAACGAUCUAUGUUUCUUAGAUGGUACUUUUUAUACAUGAUUGAUAUAUAGCCAUGACUGAUAUUAUAUUAAAUAGAUGAUUCGAAAUAUACCGAAUUAAGUGUAAACACCAUCGGAAAUAUUUACAGUGAUGUGACAAAUAAGAUGAUAGUUUUACAUAAAACCGAGUUUUAUUUCAUAUCGUAGCUAAAUUCAUAUAGAUGUACGUCCAAAAUGACAACAGAAUUAUUUUAUAUAAAUAAAGAUAUACUCGCAGUGCUUGUGUGGAUAAUUGAAAACCUGGAUUACACGAUGCCAGUGCAAAAGUAAAAGCGUUAAAGUUCCAACAAUGACAGUACUUGUAUUUAAAUUAGUGGAGUAUUAUUACUUACUUAAUGUUUCACUGGUUACGUGUAAACCAGUCUUUAUAGUGAAAAAAAAAACAAAGUAUAUAUUUUAAACUUUAACAAAAAUAUGCAUACUUAGAUAAUACAUAACUAUGAACAACAUAAGGAAUGGCGAGAAGUACAAGGUAUCUAGUUCAUAUAUGACUGAGAUAAUUAUUUUUUUAAAAUAGGUGUGAACUUUUUCGAUGACUAAUUUUAUGUAGUUAUCGAAAAACUCGAAAGUCACUAAUACCUAUUGAGAACUUGUAUCACAUGCAACAUUUAUAUUGAAAACAGAUCUAAGAUAUAUAAAAAUAUUUUAUAAGCAAUGAGACAUGUUUGUCUAAAAAAUCUAACAUUAGUUUAUUUAUUAAAACGACUACUUUUCUUUAUAGAUAUUAAUGAAAUCAAGGAUAAUUUAUUUUUAGACAAACUUGUACUUAUUACAUUAUAACAAUUCAUGCAAUUAAAUUAGAGUACAAAUAUCCCAUCUUUUUUCUCAUUUCAUAAACCCUGCAGAUGAUAUU